AUGGCACCCGGAUCUACCACCAUGUCUCGAGCUCGUCUCUAUUUGACGGUUCCCUGCGAUUCUGAAGGCAGCGAUGCAGAAGCUCCCACCGAGGCCCCAUGCCAACUUUCCAUCGAGCGACUAUUCGAGAGCUUGCCAAAUCCAGCGACCAAUGACAGAUACCCCGACCAGGAGCAAGAUCGCCAGUACAACAGAGCUCUCUGGCUGUUCCUGGAAGAAGAAAAAGGGCCGGCCGAGCAUGACAACGAGUGCCAACGGCUCAAGGCAGUUGCUAACAACGUAUUGAGAAGCAAGAACCCCCAUGGUGUUCGCGUCGCGUUUAUCGAUGGUAUUGCACCUAUGGCUAUAGACAUGUCCAAAUACGAUGCCGAAUCAGCCAAGUCACGAUACCUUGCACAAUGCAAGUGGAUACUGCAGGGGAGAAAGGACCACGAUGCUUACGACGAGAACUUAUCAGAUCCGGACCCAGAUGAAGACAGCGACGUAGAAUACUCCCAACUCCCUAAGAAACUCACCACGCAGAAAACAUGUGCCUACUGUAACCGCGAAGGGCGCCAAUUCUGUUGCAAAGAUUGCGUGGAGGCAGACGGUUCUCACGUGAUCUUCGGGACUGGUUACUGUCGUAGGAGAUGCGAGGUGCUCGAUAAGGAGGACCACAAGCCCAUCUGUUCCAUGCGCCAGCGUUUUGUGCGAAGUGUGCGCCUUAUGAGACUCAUUCUCCUGAUCAUAGAGAAUCGGCAGACCAACCUCUCCCUAGAGGCUUCUUACGAGCGCGACGGCAUGAUAUUCUUGAAAGAGAAGCCUCGCCACUUCGCGGCCAUGCGAGGAGACAACUUGCUCGGCGAAUUCGACGAGGAUUCCGUGCAAGAGAAACACAUAAAGGCGGCCCUACAAGAUCAGUAUCUCCCGGACUUGCCCUUCAUGAUGUUGAGUUCGACUCAGCGAUGGCUUUGGAAAGGUCUCGUCGAGAACAUUGAACAAUACACCAUCUUGGUCAAGAAUGCUCAUCGUCCCAUCGUCCGCCAUACCAUACACGAUACCCUCGAGUCCAGCAUGUUGCGGCCUCAUACCGUCUUUCGCGUCACUCUACGCACCGGAGAGCAGUUUGCGGUGGAUUACGCGGCAGACCGAUUCGGCUGGUCUGGACCUAUCACGCUUUGGGAUCACUUUGCGGUACAUCGAGUGAAACGAGUGAUUAGAAUAACGUUCCCGGGAGCUUACGAGCGGGAUCCGGCAACGAUGGUACCAGCUUACCUCCCCUCGAAGAAGAAGGCUUAUCUGCAUACUAUGUUCCUGCGUCUGGUCCAGACCGAAGUGAGCCAGCUUCUACGGGGAGCACAUCCAGAUGUAUCGUUCGACAAUGCCCUCAGCCCAUCGAUUACCGAUCCGGUCUGGGAAGAUAUCAAGGAGAAUUUCAUAGAAUAUACCCGACUACUCUGUGAUAGCGGAUUCACAAAAAGGUUGAUCACCGCUUUGCGUAUUAAAUGCCGAACAUAUCUCAACGCCAACUUCGAGGAGUGCGUCGAGCACCACGACAAAGAUUCCGAACGCCUGGCGAAUGUCUGGUUUGACGAGGACCGGGUCGCGUGGGUUAAGACUAAUAUCCCGGAUGACAUUGGAGUCUUGAAGAACGUAUGGAAUGAUUGGCUAUCUCACCACGGUGUUCGUUUCAAGAAUCCUGUGCCUUCUCCUAUCGAGAUUGAGGACGGUGCUUCAGUUUUUGAGGAGUAGGUCAAGGGAUAGUGUACCUCUUUUAGGACGUCAUGUUUCGACGUUAUGGAUUCAGGGGGGAGGCGGUAUAACGAUAAUUCUGUAUAGGUGAAUACCUAGGAAUACCUAGGUGAAUAUCUAGGUAACCACCUUGGCAUAGGAGAUAAUCGGCUUUGCUCUUUGUUGCAUGGCCGCAGUUGUUAGUCCCGGAAUAAUUGGCUGUUGC